AAAGCAAACGAAUUUUUUAACAGCAUUUAGAGUGAAUUAAUCCAGUGGUGGUUCCAGUUUGUAGGGUUGACGGUGGUGAAAGACACAAGUCCGAACUCUUGCGGCGGAAGCGGUGGAUCUACCUCCAUUCUCAUCCCAUGAGCACCAUUCUCCGCCACCGCCUCAGGCUAAGUCAGACACGUGUUCUUUAUUGCUUCCCCAAAUUUCUUUAUUCCCAACCCUUUCACUUUUUCUCAACAACCACUUCUGAGCCCUGCGCCUUCACCUUAUCCUAUCUCACCAACACCUGCGGCUUCUCGCAAGAGGUCGCACUUAAACUAUCCAAACGACUUCGUUUCGAAACCGCCGAAAAACCUGAUUCCGUCUUAUCUUUCUUCCGAACCCACGGUUUCUCCACCUCCCAGAUCUGCCGCAUCUUCUACCAAGCCCCCGAGCUCUUGGUAUGCGACCCCACCAAAAGGCUUCUCCCCAAAUUCCAAUUCUUAGCCUCUAAAGGCGCUUCUCCCUCCGACACCAUUCUAAUCGUCUCCAAGGCCGCCCGCUUCCUUCGUUACAGUCUCAACAGCCAUAUCAUUCCCAUCUUCGAACUCAUCCGAACGUUCUUGCCCUCCGACCUAAAAGCCCUCGCUGUUUUCAUCGCCUGUCCCAAUUUCAUCGGAGACUGUCGUGUUGCCUCCAACGUUCAGAUGUUGCUCGACACCGGAGUAACGCACACUGGAAUUCGCUACUUACUCUGCUCUCGGCCUUCGGUUCUGUGCUCCGACCUUAGACCCGCUAUUGAGGAAGUGAAGUUGUUGGGGUUUGACCCUGUGAAGCUGAGCUUCACUUUGGCCCUUCUGGCUAAAAAGGCUGUUUCGAAACCUCUUUGGAAUGCCAAAGUCGAAAUCUUGAAGAAAUGGGGUUGGUCCGAGGAUGAUAUUUGUGUUGCUUUUAAGAACCAGCCUAAUAUUAUGCUGCGCUCCAAGGAAAAACUUAAUGCAGUGAUGGGGUUUUGGGUUGGUCAGCUUGGUUGGGAUCACUCCGUGCUUAUUUCGUCCCCAACGUUGUUUUCGUACAGUUUGGAGAAAAGGGUGGCACCGAGGGCUUUGGUUGUGCAGUAUCUUCUCUCCAAAGGAUUGGUGAAGAAAAGUGCUAGCUUGGGCACACCUUUUGUUUUGUCUGAUGAACGGUUUCUGCAAAAGUACGUAAAACGUUUUGAGGAGGAAACUCCCAGGUUACUAGAGCUAUAUCAGGCGGCACAGGAAACGUAUUUUGUUGCAAAUCAAGAACAGUUGCGCACAUUUUCCUUCUUCAUUUCAUCAUUAACACUGUUGCAAGCUUCCACAUCCUUUCAAGAGUACCAAUCAAGUGAUGUUUCAACUGCUAUAUCACUUCUUUUUCUUGGAGUAUUUUUGGGAGCCCCAAGUGCAAAGGAGUUUGGAAUUGGAUUUGAAAAUCAUUUGGUAAUCGAUGAAGGAGAAGGAAUGAAAUCAGAGAAUCCCAUGUUCAAAAUUUACCGCCGCACAACCCUUGGUUGUGCCAAGUUUUUCGAAUUGACAACCCUAAAACGGAACCCUCUUUUCCAAUUCUGCAGGGCCACCUCCACCUCCAACUUAUCCUCUUUCGUGGUCUCGUACCUCGUCAACAACUGUGCCUUCUCCCAAAAAACCGCUCUCAAAGCUUCCCGCAAACUUCAUUUUUCGAAACCCCAAAAGCCUGAUUCUGUUCUCUCCUUCUUCCGAAACCACGCCUUCUCCAACUCUCGUAUAUCUCAUAUCCUUCAAAGAGUGCCCCGGUUACUUUCAUGCAAUACCCAAAAGCUUGAUAGUGGAGUUCCCGGUUCAAAUAUUGUUAAGUUGCCCGAGAGAUGGUGUCGUCUACUCUACUUUGGCGACAUUUCAAAGACAGUUCAUGAGUUGAAGCAAAUGGGCUUCGAUGCUUCGCUUUCAACAUUCUGCAUAGCGUUGGUUGCCAAAAGAAACCUAAGCGAAAGCAACUGGGCCGAGAAGAUUCACACUUAUAAGAGGUGGGGUUGGUCCCAAGAACAAGUUCUUCUAGCAUUUAGGAGGCAGCCUUAUUGUAUGCUGUCAUCCUGUGAUAAAAUUAAUGCCGUGAUGAGUUAUUGGGUGGAGCAGGCAGGCUUCAAUUCUGUGGACCUUGUCAAAACUCCUGGAAUUUUCUUACUUAGUCUCCGAAAAAGGAUUGCUCCGAGGGCUUGUGUCUUGAAGUUUCUUGUCUCAAAAGGUCUGCUACGGAAGGAUGCAAGCUUAACGAGACCAUUUGUUCUGACUGAGAAGUUGUUCCUGGAAAACUACGUAAGACGUUUUAGGGAGGAUUCUUCUCAUCUGUUAAAGCUGUACACAGAACAUGAGUCUUGGAAAUGACAGGGACAAGACCUUAUGUGAACUUGUUAGUUCUUAGAGAUCCUCCUUGCGAACAUUUAUGUUUUUCAGGAACAUGUUUCAUAUGCAGAUGAUUUUGUCAGAUCAGCUAGAAAUUUUGGAAUUGUUUUACGAAAGAUUCUUGUCGUGUAGAAAUCGUAAAGUAAAAUUUGUCUAAAGAAAGGGACUUCUCGUCUUAGGCAUAUUGCAGUGGCUUCAGUUAUCUGGGAUCUUCUAUCUACGAGUUUGAUUGCGCCAGCUUAGCUAUCGGUAGUUAUUUUAGCAAAAGUUUGUGGAAUAACUUAUGAGUAAAUAGGAUGGUAAGGCUGUAUCUGGAACCGAGAGGGAGCUAGCAUCUUGUAGUUGGUUAAAUGUUGAACGUAGAUUUUGUUGUCAACUACUGUAUUUCUUCAUCUCUUUCUUGUAUGUGUUAUACUCCUGUCUAAAUCUGGAUUCCUACCAGUCCGAUUGUGUUGAUACAACAAUCACCAGUAAAACAAGGACAAUAGUGAAAAAGAAGAAACUGUAAUUUUUGAAGGUUCUAUACGCAGAGGAACGUCUAUUUCACACCAAGAGCUUCGCAUGUUUGUGUGUAUAGAACUAGGAAUACCAGAAAUUGUCAGGACAAACCACUGUCUACAAGAAUACAACGAGUAGACAGAAAACAGUCUAUUCAAACUCAACAUAUCUAGAUGCACUUUAGAAGGUGGUCUUUUGCGCUUUUCAUAAGACGAUCACGAUUUUAGAUAAAAUAUCGCAAUUCUCUACUUUGAAAUUAAUCUGUUUUAACGAAUCUCGAUUUGGUAGAGAGACUUUGUAAUCAUAUUUGUAGGUUUAUUUUCUGAAGCUAUCUUCAUAAUUCUAACCUUUCUAGACUUAAUAACAUCUUUAACCAAGUGUAGUCUGAAAUUAAUAUGUUUAGUUCUUUCAUGCUAUAUACGAUAAAUAGUUAGAUGUGUCAUUCUGGGAAAC